AGAGCGACAGAGAGACAGAGAGAGAGAGCGACAGAGAGACAGAGAGAGAGAGAGAAAUACACUGCUCUGGGGCGUGCCCACAAAAAAUGAGUUCUUUAAGGAAAUGCAACUGAGGUCGGCAGAGUCACAGAAACGGGGUGGUGGGUAUAGCGAGAGGGCAGUGUGAUCCUCCAACCCCUUUAUGUGAAGCCCUUUAUGUGAAGCCUCCUCUUGGAGCACUGAGUCGAUCUGAAGCCAAUGGUCCAUAGGCACGCAGAAUCAAAAUGGAGUCCUUCAGCUCUAAAGACAUGGCCAUGAAGGCCCAAAACAAAAUCCUCAGCCGUAUGGCCAGCAAAUCCAUGGUGCAGAUGUUCAUUGAUGACACCAGCAGCGAAAUCCUGGAUGAGUUCUACCGCGUCUCCAAGAUACACUCUGGGAACCGCACAGAAGCCCAGAAGGUGGUCAAAGACCUGGUCAAGGUGGUGGUAAAGGUGGGCAUUCUCUUUCGGCACGAUCGCUUCAGUCAAGAGGAGCUCAGCCUGGCACAGGACUUCAAGAAGAAGCUGCACCAGGGGGUCAUGACGGCAAUCAGCUUCCAGGAGGUGGAGUUCACAUUUGAUAAGGCUGUCAUGACAGAGCUUCUGACAGAUUGUAGGGACAUCCUGCUGAAGCUCGUAGAGAAACACCUGACUCCCAAAUCCCUCGGGCGCAUUCGGCAUGUCUUCAACCAUUACUCUGACCAAGACCUACUGACCAACCUCUACACCCCCGGUGGCCCUCUCUGGCCUAAUCUCACCAAGAUCUGCAGAGACCUGAACAAACUGGUUGAGGAAGGCAAGCUAUGAGUGGGAAUUCCAAACAGUCCUGGAAAAAUGAGAAACUUUUGCAAGCCUAUUAAGGAACUCUGAAUUCAGUUUGCCCAAUGAAAAUACCAGGAGAUAUCAUUUUGAUAGCUUAAUGGGGACACUGAUUCAGUGUCAGUUGAUGAUGUAGAUAUUGAUUUAUGUUGGGAUCUUUAUGAGGGCAUGGAAUCAUCAUCCUUGCUUCACAACAUAAGCCAUCUGCAUUAGGACUGGGCGAUAUAAUAUGUAUUUGUCAUUAUCACAGUAUGAAUGUGCAUGAUAUGCGUCGUCACAUUUCAGUAUCUCACGAUAUUACCUCUACCUCUGCCUCGAUGCAUUUCAGUCCAAUGCUGUGGGAGCUAAGUGAAGUCCAUUCAAGUGUGAUAUAUGAAAGAAAAAUAGCUUACAUUUGACCAAAAUCACCUAUGAAAUCCUCAAAGAGAAAAUAUAACCUGCUAUAUAUAUAUAUAUAUAUAUAUAAUCUGCUUCUUUGUCAGGACUCCCUGCUUCCAGCACGAUAAGAUUUCAUCCCUGGUCUACUUUCAAUUGAUUUGUCCUUCUUUUUUAAGAUAUUCCAUUUCCGGGGAAACUAAUGGACUUGAAUCGGACAUCAGUCUGCCUGUUCAGUCACAGCAGUUGCUAACCUCAUUUAAGUACUAUUCAAAUUUAAAGUGGAUAUCUAGGACCAACAGACAACCACCUCAAUUAGUGUCAGGGCCACAUCUAUGCAUGCAGCCUUAGUAUCUGUCUGAUCACUGACUGUUCUGCUUGUUACAAAGAGUUUUUGAGACCGGCGAAUGGCAUUUCAUUUCUAAUCCAUGUCUGAAUUAAAGUCCUGCUGUACAGUCUUUGCAAUGAAUGUGACGAUUGGAUGGUCUUUAUAAAUUGCUUCAAGUUUUGAA